GGGAAUCGAUCGGAAGAAGCUUGCCACUGGAAGGAAGCCCGUCCACGCCAGUCCAGUCAACCGCUCCUGCCAGGAAGCAACCCGCCACCGCUCGCCACCCACCAGCGACCCCAGCUCACCCCUCCCCGGCCACCUCCACCGCCCCCGCACGCCGCCACAUCACACCAUGCACAUGCGACUAUAAUGUCCAACUCACCACUCAGGCCCCUGCACCACCCGCCCCUCUCGCGCCCGCCCUCAGGAGCGCCGCCCCUCCAGCCACAGCUCACAGGAGAUAGGAAACCCCCGUCCUCCUCGGCAUCCUCUUCCCAGGCUGCCCUGAACCAGGCGGGUAGAGCGGAUCAGGUGUUGUACAGGUUUUAUCUCAAGACUGUCGCGGUUCUGGUAGAGGGAAGAUUGACGCACUAUGCCAAUGUAUCCACGGAGAAGAAAGAUCGCUGGUUCAACCUUCUCUUGCCCGAGAUUGAUCUGUACAAGAAUGAUCUUCAAAUAUAUCGCUCCAUCUCAUCCUACCCAUCGUAUACUCCGGCGGAACUCCCAUCCCCGGCCUCAGAUACCUGUAGUAUUCCGCCUUUACUGAUUGCGUUCAUUCUUGACACUAGUGAUGUUCCCAAUGGCCAGGCCUUGCUGUGGAAUAGGAGAGGUGGCAAGGUCGCUUUAGAUCUUGCGUCCUUGUCAUCGAAAGGAAAAGGGAAGGGUAAGGAAGAAAGACCAGGAAUAAUACUAGAGCGUUGGACAUUGCGAGCUCAAUCGUCUGAACCCGGCGACACUUCAAGCUCACAGAUAGCGCCACAUACAGCUUAUCGGCUUGGGAUAAUCCAUUUUCGCGCUCUGCACUCUCUUGUCCGACUCUUCCCAGCAUACCGCCUAUACAAGCGGCUACGCCGGUCCAACUCUGGGCUGCGUCUAGGUAUCAAGCUUUGGGGUCCGGAAGGCUAUCCUAAUUCCCGUGAUGGCUUGAAGGAGGCCUGGGACGUGAUGGAGGAAGGUCUAAUCAGUCUGGAUACUGGUUUGGAAAAACUUGUCAUUGAAGGAGAACAAGUCGAGCCUGAAAGUAUCGAGCGCUACGAUUUCCCACGAUUAGAUCUCUUUGGGAAUGGCUAUAUCCUGCAAGCCGAAUACCGCCCAGAAGCCGAUUUUUCCACCGAGGAUAUGGAGGCUGUUUUGAGUGAAAAAUUUGUGGAUAUGGACGAAGACUGGUUUACGCCUACCGUUGCCGCUCGCAGACGAUCUGAGAGUAACGCCUCGGCCGCUUCGACCGCUUCAACGGAUCACACUCGUACAAUCAGAAAGCCUUCCAUGCCGGCACCGAUACCUUUGGGUAAUUUGACCACUUCACCAAUCCCGCCCAGACAGCAAGCGGCCACUGCAGGAUCGUUCGCCUCGGCCGGCUCAUUCUCCAGAGCUAGACAGGCUUCAACAUCUGCGGUUGGUGCGCAAAGCAAAGGAAAGGAUAGGUGGGGAGCACUUGGCGAGGGCCUGCCAUUCGCGGGUAGGUCACCUUCUACGAGCCAAGUCGAUGGACAGGCUCCUCCAUCGCCCAACCCUGGGGGUAUCGUCGCCGCUCGUCGCCUUUCGGGCCAUUCUAUCCAACCUUUUGCAUCUGCAUCACCGUCUACUUCUUUGCUCCGCGGUACCCCUCCACAACCUCUCCCCGGCGCACCCAUUCCCACAUCUUCAGCCCGCCCCACCAUUCCAACAUCCCGCGCAUCCUCAUCAAUCGGUCGUACUUCGUCUUUCCUCUCUCAAUCCGGCCGUUCUUUCACCCAUGCUCAGCUGGCAAACAUGUACGGCGGAUCGGCUUCGCCACCAGUGACAGGGGCCAUGUCUGGUGUCCAUCUUCCGUCCUCUCCUUCUCCGUACAACCCACCGGGACAGUCGCCCAUUUCCCCGUCCAGUCUGACUUUUGCCAAGCAACCUGUUCCGAGGAAUAUCUCCAUGUCAGGUAGAGGAAUGGGCUCGACACCCGGAUCGGGAUCAUCACCAUUUAUCCCUGGGUCUUUGGAACGCGAUACAACUACGGGUACUGGUAUCGGCGAGACCUCGACAGCUAAUCCACCACACAUUAUCAAACGCUAUUCUUCCUCCUUUUCAUCCCGCCCUUCUUCCCUUACACAUCGUCCUAGCGUUCAGUCCCAAGGCUCCAGUGCCGACGCGAGCUUACCGUCAUUCCUCGGCGGGCAGGGCUUGCUGCGACGAACAAGUACAAGAGAGAGUGGACUGAGGCAUAGUCUCGAACCCCCAAAGAAGAGGAACAAGGUGCCGGAUGAAGAUGAUAUCGAGGCGUUCUUAAAGACUUUGGACGCAGUCCCGCAACCUUCUCGAUCCCAAUACGCUCCAAGCGGGAGAUUCGCUUCUAUGGGUUCGUCACUCUCCACUAGGGAACACAGAGGGGAAGGAGGAGGGACUCCAAACUCACAGCUUGCUACCUCACCCCACGCUCAGGGACAGGGUUAUAACGGACGUGUGCCGAUGACUAGAGCUUGGGUAGAUGACGAGCUCAAGCGUAUGGCCGGUAGUUUCUCCACAGGGGAGAUGGCUAUACCUUCACGGGGUGAUACUACGGCGGCGUCGAGUUCGAGUAAUGUCAAUACCGCAGCAAGUUCGACUAGGGCAUCAAUGACUGGUACGCCCGCGAGUAUAGGUCUGCUCAGUGCCAGCAGGCCGAGUAGCGCUUCUAGGCGGGUGCCGAUAACUGGUGAAGGGACAGAAGAGGGUGGACAACUAACAUUCCGAAGGAGGUCCGGCGGCCCGUCUCCUCUCAGCCAGGGAUUGAUUUCUGCUGCUGGAAAAGGCAGCAGUCCACUUGCAGCCAGUCCUAUGCAAGCACUUCGUUCAGCCGACCAAGUACCUGCUGAUCGCGGGGUGAGAUCCGGUCUGAGUGAUCCCCCAACCGCAACCGGGAGUGCGAGAAGUUUACCUCGUUCGGCUAUGGGUGUAACGCACGAGUAUCCAGAACCGCUCCCCUUGAGGUCGGCUGGUGCCGGUGUAGGUUACGCUGGGCUCGCGAAUUAUGGUGCAACGGCAGUUACUCGAGCGAGUGCGCUUUCUCCCCAGACGACCGGAGAAACAAGUUCAACGAAUUCACCUUCAACUUCGGCCACUACCAACGCAACUAAUACAACUACAGCCACAACUCGUACGCCGCGCCGAGGGCCUGUCCUCUUGCGGGGAGGGUUCGAACAUCGUUCUUCUGCUACCAGCACACCCUCUCACAGUCCCGUUCGAGACUAUGCGAGAGCAGGUGUCGCUGUCAAUGCUGCCUCUACUUCGGGCGCUUUUGGAUUGGGGGUCGGUACCCGCGAGGCGAGGGUGGGCUCAAUGCCCAUCAGGCAGGCUGGGGAUGAGAGGGAAAGGUUUACCGAGCUGGGGAGAAGGCAGAGUGCGUCGAUCGCGAUGAUCCAUGCGCAAAAUGCUUCGGGAGCGGCCCCUACGAUUGGGACCAUUGGGAGAUACAGACCGGCUAGUGGAACUGCACCGGGUUCCUUGGGGAGGGAGGAGUACGGGAAGAAGGAAGGAAGGGAAUGUAUCGCGAGACGAACUGGGUCGGAAGGCCAUGAGCAUACCAGAGAGAACAGGACGGAGGAGGGAGAUGAUGAAACGGAUGAUGGGCUGGCAGGGCUGAUGAAUGGGUUAGGGAUUGAGAGACGUGGUUAGAUUGUCAUAGAAUGGGCUCGCCGCUGUAGUCAGAAGCAUUGAAUGGGGAGGAAAUUGGCCUGCACUGGGCCUUUUAGCUUAGUUCGGACGACCUCCAGUAAAUUAUCAUGACUCUUUAGAACAUCAUGUACGCUCUGCAUAUCUUU